UCAACCACUUCCGUAUUUUAGUAUUUAUUACAGUCCCUUCAAAACCCCAAGAUCUUACAACCUGCACUCAUUCAGCUAUUGCAGCUUUGUUGAAGCACGAAGAUGAACGAAGCAGCGGCCACCACGAAGAAACUGAACUUGGUGCUGUUCCCAUGGCUGGCGUUCGGCCACAUGAUCCCGUACCUGGAGCUCGCCAAGCGCCUGGCGGCGCGGGGCCACGCCGUCACCUUCCUUUCCACGCCGAGGAACGUCGCCAGGCUCCCGCCGGUGCCGGCGGACCUGUCGCCCCGCGUGCACCUCGUGGCGCUGCCCGCGCCCGUCGUGGACGGCCUGCCCGAGGGUGCCGAGUCCACGGCCGACGUGCCGCCGGAGAUGAACGAGCUCAUAAAGAAGGCGGUCGACGGCCUGGCCGCCCCGUUCGCGGCGUUCCUCGCGGACGCCGUUGCCGACGACGGUGGGAGGAGGCCCGACUGGAUCGUCAUGGACUUCUGCCACCACUGGCUCCCCGCGAUCGCCGAGGCGCACGGGGUGCCGUGCGCCGCGUUCCUUAUCGUGCAGCCCACCGCGAUCGCGUUCCUGGGCCCGCGGUGGGCGCAGGCCGCGCACCCGCGCACGACGCUGGAGGACUUCGCCGCGCCGCCCAGGUGGUGCUCGUCCUUCCCUUCCGCCAUCGCCUACCGCCGCCACGAAGCCGGCUGGGCUGUCGACGCGUUCCGGCCCAACGCGUCCGGGGUGUCCGACAUAGAACGCAUGUGGCAGAUCAUAGAGCGCACCCGCUUCACCAUCUACCGCAGCUGCGACGAGGUCGAGCCCGGGGUGUUCGCGCUCCUCACCGAUCUCUUCCACAAGCCGGCCGUCCCCGCCGGCGUCCUCUUACAGCCCGACAUUGCCGAUGGCAACAGCAGCUCCCGCUCAGCUGGUGCCCGCUCCGAGGUGCUUCAAUGGCUGGACAGGCAGCCACCAAAGUCCACCAUCUACGUCGCGCUUGGGAGCGAGGCGCCGCUGACGGCCAGCAACCUGCACGAGCUCGCGCUGGGGCUGGAACUCGCCGGCGUCCGCUUCCUAUGGGCUUUCCGGAAGCCGAGCGGCAUGUCAGCGCCCACCAGCAGCACCGACGUGGCCGAGCUGCUGCCUGCGGGGUUCGAGGGCCGAACACGGGGUCACGCCCUCGUGUGGUCGGGGUGGGUGCCACAGGUGGCUGUGCUCGCGCACGCCGCGGUGGGCGCGUUCCUGACGCACUGCGGGUGGGGCUCCACCAUCGAGAGCCUCGUGUUCGGGCGCCCGCUGGUCAUGCUGCCGUUCGUCGUCGACCAGGGCCUCAUCGCACGGACGAUGGCGGAGCGGGGCGUCGGCGUGGAGGUGGCGAGGGACGAGGUAGACGGCUCGUUUGGCAGAGACGGCGUCGCGGCGGCGGUGCGGAGCGUCAUGGUGGAGGAACAGGGAGAGGUGUUCGCCAGCAACGCGGAGAGGCUGGAGCGAGUUCUCCGUGAUCAGCGACGGCAGGAUCAGUACAUGGACGAGCUUGUGGGGUGUCUGAAACGCUACAAGGAAGACAGCUGCUAGAACUCUUGCGGUUCAUAAGAGGGCAAUGGGCUUUUUGUAUGUUGGAAAGUGGAUUUUCUCUAGAGCCGGAAGAGCGGGCUCAAAUCAUCUUCAACUUUUAGAAUCCCUCCUUUUAUUUCUUCAAUGUUUAGCAAAAAUUAGAAGAGGACGACAUUGACAUGGCCUGUCAAUGCCUGAUUGUUAUUGCUGAAGAUUUCUUCGUAUUGUCUUCAUCAUCGACGUGGAUGGAGACGUCAUCCCACUGAUUAGUCUUAGAAGCUUCAAGACAAGAUGUUCACCUCGCUUGGAUGUCGGGAUAUGUGAUAGGAUUUGCGCCACUAUCCACUUCCUCCUCCUCUUGGGGAGCGGGGGUGAUGUGUGUGUCCACCAUAGGUUGUGUAAUCUCCGGGCAGCUUCAAGAGUAGCGGCUGCCUCGUCUUUCUAACUCACCUGGUGAAGCACCUGUGUAUGUCAGCAGAGGUCGUCUAAGAGGAUAAAGCGUAGUUGACGACAUCCAUGGCAGCUACGACCAUCGCAUCUCCUGGCACUACUACAAAAUUUAUUAAUCACGGCGGACGUUUUUCA